UACACUAGGAGUGGGCGGUCAGGCUGAAACCGAGCACUAUAGGUGAAGCUCGAGGGGAGGACGGAAGGUCGCAUUUCCUCCCCGCCUCUCUUCAUUGGGGCCCAGAGAUUCCUCGUGUUCCGAUAGCGCCUCCAGGUUACAGGCUCCUCUACUCCUCUCACAGCUCCUUCCCCGCCACCCACUUCGGUGCUAGGAUGCACCUCAGGAGGAACUCCGGGAGGCAGCAGUGGGCCAGGACUAUGCUUCGACAGUGACUAUCGACUGCUCCAGCCACGGCCCCUGCCCCCGCCCCCUCGGGUCCUCCUUCUAGGCUGAGGCUCGCCUGGCCUCCGGGCUCACAGUGCCUUGAGGCUGCCUCGGGGGCUGGAUGCGGGCAGUCCCUAAACUAGCGGCCAGCCGCUUAAGUACCACCCGAGGCGGAGGAGGAGGCGGAGCCCGGGCAGUCGAACAGAGGCAGCCCGAAAGAGACGGACGCAGAGCGGCGCGGGCCGGGCCGCCGCCGGCCGCCCGGGCUCUCACUCUUUCCCACCCCAGGAGGCGCAUCCCGAACAGGGGCCCCGGCCUCUGACGCUGCCCGUGCUCGUGGCAAAGAAGGCAGCUAGCUUGUCUGUGCCCAGCCCCGAAGGGACCCGGAAGCAGAAGCGGGGCCAGAGCAGCCAGAGCCGAGCCGUGGCCCCCAGCUGCCCGCCGGGGCUGGGUGCGGGGUCGGACGGCUGGAUGGGCUGCGGCGGCGUCCGCAGCCGGCGGCUAUGGGCGAAGAGCAGAGCACGGUGAAUGCAGAGGGUCCCGCGGAGAGGCGGCCCCCUGGAGGCGGUGAAGAUGCAGGCGAUGAACAGACAGAGCCGCGGCCGCCGCUGGGGGAGGGCAACGGGGCAGCGGGGCCCCGAACCCCCUCCCCGGACCCGGGCGGCGGCUGCGGCGGAGACGGCGCUUCUCCUGAGCACGGAAGGAGUAGGAAAGCGCGCGGGCCACCCGCAGCAGCUAGAUCUACGGAGCCACUAGAUCCGCGAACUUUGCAGCAGCGGGAGGAAAGGCAGGCGAGGGGAGAAUGGGACGGGUCUUCAGAGCCGGAGCUAGGGGAGAGAGUCAGCCCCCACGACGGAUUGGUCUUGGAAGUGCUUGGCCGGCGCCGCCACCCACCAGCCAAGAGACACAUUUACUGCACAGUGUACUGUGUGGAAAACGACCUGCCAGAGGCCCCGACCCGGGAGCAGCCUUCAUCCCCAAACCCUCUGGCCUCCCCGGUGCCUCUCGCAGUCCCUUCCUCCACCACCUCCUCUACUAGCUCUACUAUGUCCUCCUCUAGUCCCGGCUUGCUGUCCCAAUCGGACCCUCCGGCCUUCGACGGCGGCGGGGGCGGCAGCAGUGUAGAGCUCGACCUAUACCUAGCUCCUGAGCCUUUUUCCGUGUCCAGUCUGAUCGAAGCGCCGCCCUACCCAGGCCUGGGAGGGCUGGGGGACUCCUAUAACCCCCUCCUUGUGUUGAGCUGUCGGGUGUGUCUGGAGGAUAAAGCUAUCAAGCCCCUGACGUGCUGUAAGAAAGCUGUGUGUGAGGAAUGUCUGAAGCGCUACCUAAGCUCCCAGGUUCAACUUGGCCAAGCAGAAAUCAAAUGCCCUAUCACAGAAUGCAAUGAAUACCUAGAGGAAACAACUGUUCUCUAUAACCUGCCACAUGAUGAUGUCAUCAAAUACAAGUACUUCUUGGAACUCAGCCGUAUUGACUCCAGCACCAAGCCAUGCCCUCAAUGCAAGCACUUUACAACCUACAAGAAGAGAGGACAUGGUCCAACCCCUACCAAAUUGGAAAACAAAUACAAAAUCCAAUGCCCCAUUUGCCAAUUUGUCUGGUGUUUUAAGUGCCACUCCCCCUGGCAUGAAGGUGUUAAUUGCAAGGAAUACAAAAAAGGAGACAAGCUAUUGCGUCACUGGGCCAGUGAAAUUGAGCAUGGUCAGAGGAAUGCCCAAAAGUGUCCAAAGUGCAAGAUCCACAUCCAGAGAACAGAAGGAUGUGACCACAUGACCUGUUCACAAUGUAACACUAAUUUUUGUUACCGGUGUGGGGAAAGAUAUCGCCAGCUCCGAUUCUUUGGAGACCACACAUCAAACCUCAGUAUAUUUGGAUGCAAAUAUCGCUACCUCCCUGAGAGACCGCAUUUAAGGAGAUUAGUGCGAGGCUCAGUAUGUGCUGGAAAAUUAAUCAUUGCACCUCUGAUAUUGGUUUUGGGACUGGCACUUGGGGCCAUAGCCGUUGUAAUAGGUUUAUUUGUAUUUCCCAUCUAUUGCCUUUGUAAAAAGCAAAGAAAAAGAUCACGGACAGGUAUGCCCUGGUGAAAAGCAAACUUUUUUCAUCCGCACUGAUCUGAGCCCUGCCAAGGGUUAUACAAAAUGGUGCAAUGAAGAACAUGGGCAUCCAUAUACAAGUCACCAUCCUGAAAACUGAGAGGGACUUUUUGCCAUCUCCUCUUCUUUUGAUUCACUGCUGCAGGCCCAAAUGCCUCCUUGCUAUGGUGCACUCCAAAAAUGGUAGCCUCCUCCUUUCCCCCUUUCUGAUUGCUGCUUUUAAAAAAAAAUCAAGAAGCUGCUCUCCAGGUUACUUUCAUAGACUUCUAUAUUUAAACUAUAACCCUUCCUAUUGUCCUAUUAAGAAAGCAUUUUUGUUAACAACAUGUAGCUUAUCUGUUUAGAAUUUCUAUGAAAAAUAGAUGAAAAUAAUUUAAAUUGUCUUUAUGUCCUGAACACUGAAUCUUCUGCUCAUCUUUUGGGACUUGUUCUGAAUAGCUCGUGUCCAUGUCUACCAUUAAUCAAAGUCAAAUUUCAGAAGACAGAGGCUCAUCAUAUUAUCCAUUUAUUUCUACCUAUGGACCAAGCAGUGUGAUUCAGCCAUUUGGCAGGAGUUGCAGUUGCCAAAAAUCUCAGUGCCUAAGAGGGAACUAAUGAAAACAAAUUAAUAAGAAGAAGCAUGUGGCUUAGUGAAACUCUUAUGUAGAUAUGUAAGGAAAUAUGUAUUAGAGUUGGUCCCAAUAACAUAAUAGUUGUUGAGUCACAUGGUACUAUAAUAUUCUUCCAUAUUGUCAUAGGGCUGUUUGAGAUUGGACUUAAGUUUUCUGUUGUCUCAGAAUAUACAAGAUCAAUGUGGAAGAUAUCCAAGAAAUCUCCUCUUACUAUUAAAAAAAAUAGAUAAUGUAAUUUAAGUAAAAUAUCAAAUUUUGUGGACCAAUAGAAUUGAUAUAAUGGUCUAAGAAGCUUAGUCCUUAUUUUCCUUUUGGUGCAUACUUUACUGUGCAUAGAACAAUAUGAAUUUCCAUGAAAAUACAUGAGAAUUUCAUUAGUCAAUCCAAAGAAUAGGUUUUAUUUGAAAUGAAAACUUCUUUAAAUCUAAAAAUCCUUUAUAGAAUCAGAAAAUUUUAAAAUUGUGGUCCUAAAGAAUUGUACUUAAGAUUAAAAUUCUGUAUUCUUUCCUCUCCCUCCUUUAUUUGAUCUUGGACUUUUCACAGAAACAAGAUUUGUUUUCAGAUGUAAGUCUCAUGCCUGCUGUUCAAACUUUUGUUAGUGUGUUAGUGAUAUUUUUGUGGAAGGGGUUCACUAAAAACAAGGUUCCUGUGAUCAUGAUUAUAUACUUUUAAAAUGCAAACAAACAAAACCCCAAAUCUGCUGCUAGAGAAGAAAAUGGAGAAAAUAAAUGAAGGAAAAUGUUUCUGGAAGUGUUUCAGAUCCCCAAUUUCUUCGAGAACAAGGAGACAUGGAUUAAUAUUUGCCAACCCUUGUUUUAAUCAUGAAAGUUCACUGGCAGAGUGAACAAAAUGGAGCCCAAGAAACUCAAGUUCUUUAUAACUGCCUCCACAACUUUAAAAUCUAGCUGUGUACCAUGGAUAUAACAUUUCAUUGAUCAGUGUCAAUUUCUUUUUUGAAACACUUGAUAUCCAUACACAUAGUUGCUCUUUAUUGGAUUCCAAAUGAUGAGAGAAAGUGUCAUUUUGGGCUGAACUGAUGAUAGGGUACUUUACUUGUAUCAGUCUUGAGACAGUUUGCUUUCAUUUUUUUCUCAUUUAAUGCACUGUAUGGGCAUAAUAGACCUCCUGGAGUAAUCAUCCAUUUCAUAGUGAAGAUGUACUAUCCUUUAAUGGUUCUGGAAAAACAUCUUUUGAAAGAGUAAACUUCAUAUAAGAAAAGUAGUACUAUUGUUUCAAAUAGUACCAAGUUUGAAAGGGUUUCCAGGUAAAACCCCUAUAUUUAUAUGUCUUAAACUUGUAUCUUUGCAAGGCAUAUUUUCCUGACUUGGGCCUUUGUUUUUAUAAUUUAUGUAUAUAAGCAUUUGCCCUCAAUCUUGUAUGUGUGCAUAUAUGAAUGUACAUAUGUAUGUUAUACAUAUAUAUGUUUAUGUAAAAUCUUUUUAUGGUUGCAUAUAAUUGUAUGCACACAUAUGGGCUAGUUGAAUAGUAUAUGUCUGGUCCUAGAUAAUCUAUUUUCUUAGGUCCAUUAUAUCUGUUGUCUAUGGCUUACUCAGGGAUUUGUAUUCCUUCCUUUAAAUAACUUAUCUUUAGGGGGGUAUUUUUAUAUUAUUUAGAAAACUUUCCAACUUCUGGAUGGUAGAGUUGGCAUCUGAUAUGAAGUCAGUAAAAACUUUUAGUACUUUGAAUUAUUUCUGCAUUUGGUUGCACAGGAUUUCCAUUAUUCUGUUUUACUGAUUUUUUAAAAAUUAAUUUAUACAUUUGUCACAGCAGAAAGUUGAUAUACCUACCCUUUUCUUUCAAGUAGCUUGAAGUAAUAAUUUCUGAAGUUUUGGCAGUAGUAUGAUGAAGAACUUUAAAAAAGAAAAUAGAAUGAAAGUAAUUUUUUAUUUUUACUUUAGUGCCAUCAUUGAGGGUAAAACCCUAUCUAUGACUUGUAUGUGAAUUUUAAUUUUUCAAAAAAUCCACUGUUAGAAAAAUUUUAGUAGCAUGUUUACAAAAAUAUCUUUUGUAGUGUUUUAGUGUAAUCAAGUAGAGGAAAAAAAUUUGGUUUCUGCUGUAUUUAGUCGUGGCAUUUUAUUUCGUAUCUAAAGGCAUUUGCCAAAAAAAAAAAAAAAAAAAAAUUAAAUGACCAUUGUAAAUUAUGCAUAGCAUGUGCUUUUCUAUCAUUCUCCUGGUCUAAAGAAACUGAAAAGACUUAAUCUAGAAGAAAGUUAUGGUUGCAUUUUUGUUUUAAGGACAGGGUGCUUAUUUUCCAUAUACAUUUCAUCUACUCAGUUUUUCAAAUUGGAUACCUUGCCAAAAUAAGGAGCUAGAAGAAAAUUUUCAUCUUUUCUGUUAAAAAAAAAUAUGAGUGAAUGCCAAUAGUUUGACAAAGCAAGAGUAUAUUUGUCAGAUUGCCUCAUUGUUUUACAAUAAUCUAUUGAAAUAAUGAAAUUUUAGAAAUAAAAAUUACUCUAUAAAGCUGAGAAUACUUUUCCCAACAUAUUACCAUUUUCCCUAACAUACUAUCAUUUUCACAUUUACUGUCUCACUGUGUCAUUCAUUAUUAAAAGUCUAUUGAAAUGUUAGUAGGUUAAUGAUACUUGAUUUUGUUAUUGUCAUGAAAAGUCAGACUAAUUCAAUAAGUAUCAAGAUGAAGUAUGGAAUACUUCAUACUUGCAAGGUCUCAGGAUAUAUUGAUUUUCUUCACAAUAUAUCAAGUGAUGAUAUAACAUUUAUUUUAGCCCAUUAAAAUUCUUUGUGACUUGAGGUUAAGAGAAAAUCUGUAUAUUUUGAUGUUCUGGCACCAGAUAUCAUUUAUUUCCUGUCUUCGAUUUCCUGAUAGAAGGUAUUGUAUCCUGAUACCUGGACAGACAGGAUACAACCCAAGAUACCAAGGAUUACAACCUGCUAUCUGAUUGUAUUCUUGUUGCUGAGGUAUCAAGAUUCAGUGGUGCCCACAAAACUAUAGCUACCUGCAUCUCCCAGCCCUUUCUUUUUGAAUGGGUGGCCUUACUGCUCCCCUAAAUUCCUCACUUUGUAAUCUCCUUUAUUUUAUUCACUUUUGCUCUUCUCUCUAUUCCUUUUGGCUACUCCCUGCUUUCCUUACUCCUUGACUUCCACCCCAUAGAAACACACUUCUUAUUGAAGAAAUAAUG